AUGGAGGGAGAUUCUGGAGCAGAUGCUUCAGAGAUCAGCGGCAAUGGCGGAAUUCUAAAGGAGCCGGAGAAUUUGCUGCCGAUCGCCAACGUCGGCCGAUUGAUGAAGCAGAUUUUACCGGCGAACGCGAAGAUUUCUAAGGAAGCGAAGGAAACGAUGCAGGAAUGCGCGUCGGAGUUCAUCGGUUUCGUCACCGGCGAGGCGUCGGAAAAAUGCCGGAGGGACGCCCGCCGGACGGUGACCGGAGAUGACCUGUGCUCGGCUCUGGAAUCCCUAGGAUUCGACGAUUUCGCCGGACCUUUGAGAAGGUACCUCUGUAAGUAUAGGGAGCAAGAAGAAGACGAACAGAAGGUAAAUAAAUCUGAAGAACGACGCCGUUUACGGUGGGUAAUGAAUCCGAACGACGCCGUUUCGGUAAAUUUUAUUCGAGCUUGAUGAGCCGCCGGCGCCGGCCAGGGGUUGUUCUGUUUCGAAAAUAGUUUCUCUCUUUCAAUAAAAAAUUAAGCGAA